AUGACCAUAGGAUGGCUGCCAACACUCUGUCUCCCCAUAUCGUCUUGGAGUGCAAUCCAAGUACAGUAUCCUGCCGCGAUCAACAUGUUGUUCAACAGGUGUGGUCAAAGCAAUGCAGCCGCCAUUGGCCAUUCUGCAAAUGCGCAUCCGUCUUCUGGUUGUUGGGAAGAUUCCACCCCCAAGUUCGCCAACUGUAGUGCAGUAGUCCUCCCCCUUGUGCUGCUUCCACGAAUGGAGUCAAUGGAAACCAUGCUGGCACUCCUACAUCAGGUACAUCCCAGUGCUACAGUGUCAAUGGGAACAAGUGCGGGCCUAGCAUGGGCCCAAACGAGUGUAGCCUGGAAUGGACAGCAGCACAAGCUUGAACCUUCGGUGUUGCAAUGCCAAAAUCUCACUUCAGCUACUUCACAAACUCAAGACUCAGAGCCUCACUAA